AUGGAAAAGGAGAUGGCGAAAGAAUCCGUGAUCGACAGCCAGUCGCUCGACCAUGAUGUCGGCACCCAUACCACCAUCUACAUCGAGCCCGCUCGAGAAGCGGCCGUGCGCAGGAAGUUCGAUAUCUACGUUGUUCCGGUCUCGGUCAUCUACCUGGUGCUGUCUACACUGGAUCGCAACAAUCUCGGCAAUGCCCGCGUCUUCGGCUUCGACGAGGACAUCGGCCUCAAGAGCGGCCAAUUUGGCAACAUACAAACGCUUUCCUCGGUCUGCACCGUUCUGUUCGAAGUGCCUUGGGUGCUUGCUACUCGACGAUGGGGUGCUAAGAAGGCAAUCGGUACUGCCUUCGUCCUCUGGUCUAUCUGCACACUCGGCACUGCGUUCGUUCAAACCUAUGGUCAGGUCAUUGCGUGCCGCAUGCUGCUCAAUGCUGCCGAAGCCGGCCUUGCUCAGUCAUUCGCCUUCCUCUUCUCCACCAUCUAUCCCCGCGAGCUCGCUGGCAAGCGAAUCAUGACGACCAAUAUCGCCCAGUGUAUCUCCGGUGCUUUUGGAGGGCUGUUCGCAUACGCCGUCCAGACUAUGGGUGACCGCCAUGGCUUCGCUGCUUGGAGAUGGCUCUUCAUCAUCGAGUUCGGCAUCACGGUGGUUAUCUGUGGUGUUGGCUUGUUCUUCCUCCCGGGCAAAGUCGAGGAGGCAUGGUUUCUGAGUGAAGAGGAGAAGGAGACGAUGCGCUUGAAGACCGAACGUGACUACCUCAUUCGCGGCGAAGAGAAGUUCGAGAAGAAAUGGAUCAAGCCUGCUCUCACGGAUCCUUUCGUCUGGAUGCUCGGUAUUGCUUUCUUCACGAGCAGCGUUGCAAUCAACGGAUUUGGAGUGUUUCUGCCCACCAUCAUCCAGGGUCUUGGCUUCGCGUCGUUGAAGGUCAACUACAUGACUAUUCCGGUCUUCGUUCUGGGCGCCAUCUCGCUGAGCAUCCAGGUCUAUUACUCCGACAAGCUCAAGAAACGCGGCGCUUUCAUCGUCUCCUGCUGCGUGCCCGUAGCAGCCGGCUAUCUGAUGUGUGUCUUCUCCAAGAACCCAGACGUCGGCUAUGCAGGCAUGUUCGUGCUCGUCGUUGGUCUCUACCCAAUCUCGACCUUGGCCGUCACAUGGAUCACCACGAACUUGGCACCAGACAGCAAGCGCGCCAUCGGCCAGCCCUUCGCAUACAGUUUGGCCAACGUCUCAAACCUUGUUUCCGGUCAGCUCUAUCCGACCAACCAAGGUCCUCGCUACGUGCCCGGCAACGCGAUUUCCGCCGGUCUCACAAUCGUCGCCGGAUUUCUGUAUGCUGCAUGCUGGCUUUUGCUCAGAUAUCGCAACAACAAGAAGGCCAAGAUGAUCGCUGAGGGAGCCACCGAAAAUGGCAAGGAGGGUGACCAGGCUCUGGGCUUCACAUAUAUCCUCUGA